AUGAGUCAACCCGUUUUCCAAACUCUCCUGAGAUUCCUCCUGUUGCCUGGAAAGGCAGAAGGUGCUGGCCACGGGAAAGGAGAUAGAACGAGCAAGAAACCAGGACAAAACGGUGCUUCAGCAGCCGGAGGACAGAAGCCUGCCACCAGUUCUACUGCGGUUGGAAUGACAGGGCAGUUGAAUCCAUCGCAACAACAUCAGCAGAAUCCGCAGCAACAGCAUCCGCCGCACCCGUCGCAGCAGCAACAGCAGCACUUCGCGCAAGCUGCGAGUGAUGCAUCGAUAGCGCAAGCUCCUCAACACGACGUAGGCACGACAGGCGGGAAGCUGCCGGCUCUAGAUACGACGGAUUCUGCUCUGCUGUCGAAGGAUGUUGCCCAUGCGGAUCUCUUGAACGGUUUGAGUCCGUUAGGAGCAGGUCUCCCACCUAUCGGGGGUGCUUCCCUAGGCUUAAAUAAUGUCGCCACAUCUGCCGCCGCCUCCAAUCCGCACCACGCUCCUUUGAUGGCGGCAGCCCCCAUACUCGGUGGGGUCUUGGACUCGAUGCGGAGCACCAACAUGCAGCUGCCGGGUCACGUUCAACACCAGCUGGGCUCUGUAACGGGAGGCGGAGGCGGCAAAUUCCCUCCUUCAUCCCAUGCCGGCGGGAGUCUAGGGAUGCCGACAUCGACGACGCCUCAGAUGCAAUCGUCAAGUGACGUUGCUCAGACCGGGGCUCAAUUGCAAGCUCAACAACGAAUUCCGAUGGGGAGCAUGGGUCCAAACCUAUCAGCUCACCAACUCGGACUCGAUAUGAGUGCCUUCAUGGGUCUUGACCCUUUGGCGUUCGGCAAGGAUCCGUUUGGACAGAAAAACCUCAUGGAACAGUUGGGCCAAUUUAAAAGCGGCGAUCUGGCCGCGCUGGGAUUGCCGAGUCAUCACCAAAUGCUUCAUCCUGACUCUGGAACGACCACGAGCGACUUCGGCUCAAGCUUGGCACUUGGCUCGCAACAGUCGCAGAUGCAUCAACAGCACGCAGUCGCUCCGGGGGCAUCGACUGGGAUGGGUGGACCUCCGAGCGCUCUUGCUAUGCAAAAUCAGCUGCAGAGCGAAAGUAGCAAAUUGAGGAACUAUGGUUCGUGGUCUAGUCUGGUGACCGGCAAUUCGAACAGCGGUAACAACCCGCAGAGCCAGACAAAUCUCAACCCGCACGCCAUGAGUAAUUCAUUCCAGCAAUUCAAGAAACAGGCAAAGGAAAAAGCCGAUAAGCAACGUAUGUUAGACGAAGCCAAGGAACGCAAAGAGCAGGCGGAGCGCAACAAGCAGAUGGCGAGUGGAGGUGUGGCCAUGUCCGGCGGUGGCGGGGUCAUGGCAUCUGGAGCCAUGAACCCACUCAAUCCCCAAUUGGCCACUCUCAAUAAAGAUCAUCUGCAAGCCGGUUUCCUUAAUUCGCACAGCCCGCAUUCGAUGCACUCGUUCCACGGUCCAUCCUCGGACAAUUCAGGCGGCUCAGGAAGUAACAGUCCAGCUCACAUGAGAACUCCUAAUGCCGGGGUGCAGAGCGAGGCUGAUCGUGAGAAACAGCGGCGCCGAGAACAGGAGAGGCGAAGACGCGAAGUCAAAUCAGGCCAGAUCGACAUGAACGAGCAAAAUAACAUAAUGACGACAUUCGAAGAAAUGAUCGACUGA